AUGUGCGUCCGUCUGAGCCUGGACCUCGUGCGCCAGAGGGGCCGGGGUGGGGAGGUGCGCUCAAGGGACUCCAGCGGCCGUGCUCAUCCGCGGGCCGCUACCAAACCGCCGCUGCCCCACGGCCACCGCGCUCGCAGUCGGAGUCAGAACACUUGGAACAACAUGACAACGCGGGCGCACGGCACUGCCCGAUCCGCGCGAUGUAAGAGCCCCGCGAGGGCCGCUACGUGCGCUCCGUCGGGGCGCCCAACUGACACUGGCGGAUGCCGCCCGCCCAAACGAGAGGGAAACUUGUCCCGAGCCACCCCUCUCUGCCACACCUACGGGGCGUAUAAAACUGUUGAGGAGGAUUUCACCGAGCGAGAUGCUGCGCGAGACAAGAGCGAAUGCAGAAGCCCUCCUGCUACUACGCCACGAGAAAAGGAACACCGUCCCCUUGAAUCGGCCGACAAUAUUGACGAUGGGAGUCGCGUGCGACUAAUUGCACGAGUGCACUCGUGGCGCGAUGGCCCUCGAGCGAGCCUCGCCAGCCGCCCGUUGCCGCCCGUUGCCGCCCGUUGCCGCCGGCCCUUCGAGGGCCCUCCGCACCCCUCGGAGCCCUCCGUCUGCCUGCCUUUCUACUCG